UCCAGAGACAAUUUCCGAGAGGAGGUGUUAACAUGGCAGUGGCGCUACCAGUAUUCUAUAGCUUUGGUCCUGCUGUUGAAUUGAAAAUGGCGGAGCGGGACUGUAGAGAUAGCGUCUCUACAAUGUCAAAACUGGAUUUCACAGGGUUCGAAAGUGAAAAUUCCCCUGUUAACAAUGAAGAAAAUGGUGUUGAAGUAAAGUUGAGUGAAUUUAUUCGGAACUUGCCCGGUUUACCAUCAAACAAUUCUUUGUUGACGACUAAUGAUGUUGUUUCAUGUGAUGCCGCCUCGGGGCCUCUUGAGGAUAGUAGUGAACUAACUUGUGCUGUGAAAACCGAAAAUUGUGACAGUUCAGCGAUUAAAGAAGAAUUUGCACCAGCCACGCUCCCCGAACAUCCAAAAACCUCAUCAAAGUCAGAAAAAUCUGAUGUGAGAAGUAGAGAUAGACAUUCAAGAUAUAAAUCCAGUAGAGAUUGCAGGAAAUGCAAUGAAAGAAGAAAAACAAAGCGGUGCAAUGUUGGUGUUCAGUGCAGAAUUGACAAGCAUUUGUCAAAGAGCAAUGCUCUACAAGCAUAUAUUCCCAGGUCUAUAUAUUCCUCCACUUCUGUGCCACAUUGGGAACACCACAAGUAUGCAUCAUUGAUUAAACUUGAAACUUACCCAAAUGGAAACGCUAGUGUUCUUCACAUGAGUCAAGAUGAAAUAGAUGGUCUAAACUUAAAUGAACGAGAGCUGAAAGAGUUGGCUGAUGAAUUUUUAAAGCUCUCUUUCAGUGAAGAUGAAAAUGGCUUUGCUCAUUAUGUCAUGUCCAUUGUGCAUAAUGCUGCCACUUACAUGCCUGAUCUCCUUGAUCACAUGGCUGAAAACUAUCCCAACCUUACUGUGAAAAAUGGGGUUCUAGGCCGUAAUUCUGAUAUAGAAAGCACCAAUAUGGCCAGUUUCAAAGAACAGGUCUACAAGACAUAUAGUGGUGGCACUUUUCGCCAAGGACCUCUACACCAGAUUUCGCUAGUUGGAACAGUGACAGAAGAAGUUGGGGGAUAUUUCCCAAAGUUCCUUGAGAUGUUGGAAAAAAACAUAUUUCUUAAAUUAACCAUGCCCUGGGGAGAGACGAGUAUUGUCAACAUGGUGAACCCUUUGGAGUCUAACGACGGACCUAUUCUCUGGAUUAGACCCGGAGAGCAAAUGCUUCCUACAGCAGAGCUGAAUGCAAAUAGGUCCCCAAUCAAACGGAAAAGAACAGGAAUUAAUGAACUCAGGAAUCUGCAAUAUUUACCGCGGUCUUUAGAGGCACGAGAAGUACUUUUUGAAGAUCGAACGCGUGCACAUGCUGAUCACGUAGGUCAUGGUCUAGAUCGUAUGACAACAGCAGCAGUUGGAAUUCUGAAAGCAGUUCGCUGUGGUGACAAGAGCAAGAUCAAUCGCAUAACCAAAGAUGUUGUGGCCUUCCACGCCGGUGAUUUCAACGACUUGGUCUCACUACUUCAACUCGAUACGUAUGAACCUCCCAUUUCUCAGUGUGUUCAAUGGGUGGAAGACGCUAAACUAAACCAACUACAUCGUGAAGGCAUUCGUUAUGCCAAAAUACCCCUCUACGACAAUGACAUCUACUUCCUUCCCCGAAAUGUUAUUCACCAGUUCCGAACAGUAUCUGCUGUGAGCAGCAUCGCUUGGCAUGUUCGUUUGCGACAGUACUACCCGGAAUUAGUAAAGGUUUACAAAAGAAUGGCAGCUGAAGAAGGUGGUUCAAAUGCAAUUAACGACGAUUUGAGACGGCAUGGAAUGAAACGUUACGUUCCUUCGGCUGCUAUGGGUGAAAACUGUGAUUUAGAAAACCAUCGUUCUAAACUACGAGUUCUGGAGGAAAGGACAACUGAAGAUGAGAGUGAAGAGGAACCUAUAAAAAUGGAUAAAGUCAAGAGACACGAGGAAAAAGACAAGGAAGGAAAGAAAGGAGAUCGAAGUAAAGAAACCAAGAAGGAAGUUGUAAAACCUGACAAUCAUAUUGAAGAUUCCAAAGCUAAGAGUGCACUCCGAGAAGAAAAGUCAGACAAGUCACGGUCCUCAAGUGACAGAGAAAAGGCAAAAGAUGCAGAGCAACAAACUGAUUGCAAAACAAGCAAAGAACAUAAAAAGUCCGAGGAGAAAUUUGAGAAAACCAAGCGACCUGAACAGUCAAGCAAGGAUUCCAAGAAAAUGGAUGAAAAGCAAGACCGAAGUAAAAAACCUGAAGAUGGAGGAAAAGAGUUAAAACAUGGAGACGAAAAGCCCGUGAAAAGUGAUCGUUAUGAUAAAGGCAUCGAGUCUAAAAAAGAUGGAAAACAGAAAAGUAAAGAGCAUGAACGAAACAGCGAUGACGUGAAAUCUGAUCGUUCCAAAGAUCCUGAAAAGAAAAGUGAAGAGUGCAACGGUGUCAUGGGGGAUGGAGAGCCCACUUUAAUCAGUGAGGAAAUCCAGGAAAUGAAAGAAGCAGUUUCCAAACAAGAAGUUAGCGAAAAACAGCGCCGGAAGACCCCCGAGAAUGAAUCGCCUAGAGAUCGCGACGUUAAAAAGGAACACAAACUAAAGAGGGAGGAAGAUAAAAAUGGCCACCGAAGUAGAGAUCAUCGAAAGGAAAAGUCCAAAGACGGCGAAUCAAGAUCUGUUACACACAAUCGCAGUGAACAUAAUCGAAGUAGCAAAAUUCACGACCACAAACAUACUAAUAAGUCCUCCAAAGAAGAAAGGCACAAACGAAAAGCUGAACAUGAGGAAUCUUCAUCUGGUGUCGAAACAAAGAAAAAUAAAUCUGAUCAUACGAUAGAGAGCGCAAAGCAAAAGUCCCGGAAUGGAAGUCCAAAUGCACCAGCAUCGGACUCAAAACUUUAUUGCGUCCCGAAAGUAUGGCCUAAGCUUGCGGCCGUUAAAAAGGACCUCUUUACUUCUGGAGACCUCUUGGGGUCCAUCAUGUCCUCUAUGUUACCCGUCACAAAAGCGAAAGAAGAAAAUGAUUAAUUUAUAAUGCCGUUCAUCUACCGAGAAAUGUCUUUGUUUCCUUUUAUUGCUUCUGUUACAGCUUUUUAAGGUGUUGGAUCUCAGUACCUGACGACACGCCACCUUAUUGUUUGAUUUUUAUAAUAUACCUAUGGCCUAAUGAGAAAUAAAAUCAAUCGACUCGA